CACAUUCCCCUCUUCCUUCUUCUACCCUUUCACUCUCUUCAACCCAGAACCCAAAAUGUCAACCUUCACCUCCAAAAAACUGCUCCUUUGUCUCACCCUCUUCCUCUUCAUCGCUCUCACUGCUGGAAACACUCACAUUUCUCACACACUUCGAGGCAAAGAUGGUGGUGGUGGUGUUGAGAGAGGUGUGGUGGGAUUGGACACAAGAAGGUCUCUUGUGGAUGAGAAUCUGCAGAACUCGUCUCUGAUUCUGGCGGAGGAGAGGACUCGCAGGAGGGACCCUCUUGAUGAUUUUCACAAGUACACUGGUGGUUGGAAUAUCAGCAAUGAUCAUUACUGGGCUUCUGUUGCUUGGACUGCGGUUCCUUUCUUUGUUGUUGCUGGUCUGUGGUUCGUGAUCUUUGGGCUGAGCUUGACGCUUAUAUGUUUCUGUUACUGCUGUUGCCCAAGAGAGCCUUACGGUUAUUCUAGAACAGCCUAUGCGCUCUCUCUCAUAUUGCUGAUUUUCUUCACUGUCGCAGCAAUUGUUGGAUGCAUUGUGCUGUACACUGGUCAGGCAAAAUUCCACAGCAGUACAACAAAGACACUCAAUUAUGUUGUGAGUCAGGCAGAUACAACUGUUGAGAACCUCCGGAAUUUGUCAGGUUAUCUUGGUGCAGCUAAGCGGAUUGGAGUUGACUCUGUCUUUCUGCCAUCAGAUGUUCAGAGUAACAUUGACACAACUAUAACAAAACUCAACUCUGCUGCCACUAAACUCUCUAAUACAACUGAAAAGAAUUCGAAACGUAUAGACGAUGGACUUGAUAGCAUAAGACUGGCUCUCAUUGUCAUUGCUGCUGUUAUGCUCUGUUUGGCUUUUAUUGGAUUUUUAUUCUCAGUUUUGGGGAUGCAGGCUUGUGUAUACUUCUUGGUGAUUUUUGGAUGGAUUCUUGUUGCGGGCACAUUCAUUUUGUGUGGUAUAUUUCUUCUCGCCCAUAAUGUGGUUGCAGAUGCAUGUGUUUCCAUGGAUGAAUGGGUUCAGCACCCCACUGCCCAUACUGCUUUAGAUGAUGUACUCCCUUGUGUUGACAAUGCUACUGCUCAAGAGACCUCAUCACGCACCAAGGAUGUAACCUACAAACUUUCGAGCAUGGUAGACAAGGUCAUCAACAAUAUCUCAAAUCUUAACAAUCCACCACCCCAACUUGGACCGAUAUAUUUCAAUCAGUCUGGCCCUCUAUUACCUGCUCUUUGCAACCCAUACAAUGCUGAUCUCACUGAUCGAAAGUGUGCCCUUGGUGAGGUGGAGCUGCAGAAUGCCACACAGGUGUGGAAGAGUUAUGUGUGUGAGAUUAAUACGGCAGGCAUCUGUAUAACCCCUGGACGGUUGACUCCCAUCUUUUAUGACCAAAUGGAAGCUGCAGUAAAUGUGACUUAUGGUUUGUAUCGUUAUGGUCCAUUCUUGGUUGAUCUGCAAGACUGUACGUUUGUCAGGGACACAUUCUCCAACAUAAGUAGCAGGAAUUGUCCUAGCCUUCGGAAACAUAGCAGCUGGAUCUACAUUGGGCUGGUAAUGGUAUCUGCUGCUGUCAUGUUAUCAUUGAUCUUCUGGGUAAUCUACGCAAGGGAACGAAGGCAUCGCGUGUAUACCAAGCAGUUUAUGGAAGGCACAGGGGGAUUCCAAGUGCAAGACAAGGGUGCCUAGAGAUUCCAUGUUUCAGUGAAUCUUAAGAGGUGUCUGUACAUUAUGUCAGUUAUCUAUAGGCUUGAUUGCUCGAGUAAGAGACAUGGUAGUAGUAUUGUUGAGCUAGCUUCAUCCCUUGCGGUGAUUAUUAUUAGAACUCAGUGAGAUAUAUUAGUAGUAUUUUGGAGCUAGCAUUAUCCCUCUGUGAUUAUUGUUUCUCUUAUUGCCAAUGGAAGCAGAGUUGAGAUUGAU